CCCCUCUCUCAUUAAUGUCAUUUAAACACGUCCCACCUAAACAGAUAAGUCCCCACCCAGCAGUCCAGCAACCCCCUCCCCCCGCCCCUCUCCUUCUCCCUCUCUGUGGAAUUAUCCAUAGCCAUAUUCGCCAUAGACGCCACAGACAUGAACUCUCCUACACUCUCCCUUGUCGACCAGGAGCAACUCGUUGAGAAGCUCCAAAUAUUCAAGAUUCAAGGACGGGACAAGCGCGGCCAUAAGCUCCUCCGCGUCAUCGGCAAGUUCUUUCCCGCUCGGCUCGUGAGCGUGGAAGCAUUGAAGAAGUACCUGGAGGAGAAGAUCUUCCCGGCGCUGGGAGAUCGGCCGUUCUCGGUGGUGUACGUUCACACGGACGUUCAAAGGGCCGAGAAUUUCCCUGGAAUCUCCGCCCUACGAUCAAUCUACGAGUCGCUCCCGAUCAAAGUCCGAGAUCAUCUCGAGGCUGUUUACUUCUUGCACCCGGGCCUUCAGGCCCGGCUCUUCUUCGCUACCUUCGGUCGUCUCCUUUUCAGCGGCAGCUUGUACCGGAAGCUCAAAUACGUGAACAGAUUGGAGUUUCUGUGGGACCACGUUAGGAGGAACGAGAUCGAGAUGCCGGAGUUCGUGCACGAUCACGACGAGGAGCUCGAGUACCGUCCGAUGAUGGACUACGGGUUGGAGAGCGAUCAUCCGAGAGUCUACGACGCCGCGCCGGCGGUAGAUUCGCCGGUUUCUAUGUAUUCCAUGAGGUGUAUUGCCUAGAUUAGGACGAGGAUCGGCGCCGGUGCCGGAGAAUUGGCCGUCGUCGUCCCGGCCGGCGAGCGGAAUACCGUUGUGGACCUUUCUUCUGAUUUUGUUGCGGGCGUCUGUUAGGGAUUUCUGUUCAUAUUGUAAAAAGGUGUGCGCGUGAAGAAUGUAAUUUAGGGAAUUGCGCGUUAAUUUAUUGUUUAAUUGUUUAAAAUAGAUAGAUAGGGUUGGAUCCAAGGAGGCGUAGGUUCGUGGCUGUGUGUUUCCGUCGUGGGCGGCAUGCUCAUUCUCAAGUCAAUACCCUUUUGAAUUUGGCCUUGUUGGAUGGAUGAAUUUAAAUUUUAAUGUUUGGGAUUUAAAAA